GAUGAGCAAGGGACAGGGUCUGGGCAAGCAGUGGGGAGAAGGAAGGAUGGGGAAGGAGGAGUAGAGAGAGAAAUCACCCGUGAAAACCGGCUCUGCCGUGACAUCUGCUCCUUGAGGCUUUUGGGACGGGGAGGUUUUCCUGCGGGGAGAGCCAGGGCUGAGGCUGCGGGGUAUCGGGGGGAGCAGAGCCCCGGCAUGCUCGGUGCACACCUCAGCCCCACAGCCGCUCGGCAGGCAGGCGUGCACGGCCGCGAUGCCAUCUGCCAGGACUUCUCCUGCCUCCGGGCCCCAGGGCUGAAGUAGCAUCUCUGAUGGCUCAUAAGGAUUGAGGUGAGGCUGCUAGCUUUCCCUAAGUACCUCCUGCAUCUCUGUGCCAUCCCCGGGUGCUGCGUGGCCAGGACUCAUCCCUCUGGGAAUGCUGCCGGCAAGAGGGUGCAGGGGAGGCAGGGAGGCAGGCAGGCCGGCAGGCAGGGAGGCUGACAUUCCCAGUUAGCAGUUGGCGUCCUUGAGCGGAGCAAACACCGAGAGAAGGGACCAGGUUCUCUUUAAGGGGGCAGGACUCCGGCAGCAUCAUGAAGACAAGAGUGAGCUGCUCCCUCUGCCUUCUACCUUCCCUUCCCUGCCUGCUCCUUCCCUGCCUGCAUGCUCCCGGCCGGGACCAGGGCUCCCUGCCCACCCCUCCACCUUCCCUGGCUCUCCGUGCUGGGCAGGGAUGAAGGCAGAAGCUGGGCGCUGGGAUGGGAGGCUGAGCGAGGGGAGGAGGAGGAGGAGGGGAGGAAGGGGAGGGAGAAGGGGAGGAUCUGCUAAUUACACAGAACAGCUCUGGGGGCUGCUGAAGUCCAGAAUGAAGCAAAGAGCAGCAGAAGCGAGUGCUGCAGCGGGAGCGGAGGAGCCUAAGCACCCCCAAGAGCCGGAGCUGGCCGUUGCCCCACCGGCAGCAACCAGGGGCACCCAGGGGAUCCUACAGCCCUGUCCUCACCGGGGGACAGCCUCUGGCACAGUCACCGAGCCUGCUGCCGGCUCCUCUGCAGCCAGUCCUGGGCGAAGAGAGGGAAGGGGCUGGUGGUCCCAGGGACACAGUGUUAAACUCAGACCUCCUGCGGGCUGAGCUGGAGGGCAGCAGAGUCAGCCCUGCCAUGGUCCUGGGGGGCUAGGAGCCCGAGCAGAUCCACCGGCAAGGGGUGAAGGAUGGCUGCUGAAGGAGAGAGAGCCAAGCCUGUCACCCAGUCCAGGAUGGAGAACUUCCGAAAGGUGAGGACGUCAGAGGAGGAGAGCCCACUGCCCUUCCCCGACCUGCCCCCAGACGUGGUGGAGAUGAAGGUGAAGGAGGGCAGCAAGAUCAGGAACCUGAUGAACUUUGCCAUGGCCCAGAUGGAGCUGAAGGGCAGCCGGCAGAUCGUCUUCAGUGGCUGCGGCAGGGCAGUCACCAAGACCAUCACCUGUGUGGAGAUCAUGAAGCGGAAGCUGGGAGGUCUUCACCAGGUCACCAAGGUACGCUACAAAACCUUGCUGGAGGUCUGGCAGAACCAGGACCCACUGCCUGGUGGCCCAGCACAGAACCUGACCGUCCACAAGAACGUCCCCUCCAUCUGCAUCCUGCUCUCCCGAGACCCCCUGGAUCCCAACCAGACGGGCUACCAGCCCCCGGAGCCCCGGUAUGGGUCGGGGACGCAGCUCGACGACACAGAAGACACAUCGGGCUCCUCCACCAAGGGGCUGAAGCGGCCCCUGCCACCUCCCCAAGAGGAGCUGCUGACCAAGAAGUUCCAGGUACAGGUACCCAACAACCCGAGCGGCUCGGGGACCACCGACCACCAGCCGGACCACCAGCACUGACCCCACCGCCUCCCAUGCCGGCCAGCCAUGCGCCGGGUACAUAGGCAGGAAUAUGCCCUCUACAUAGGCAGGAGAUUAUACGCUGGAGAAACUCCGGGGGUAUUUUAGUUGCUUUGCUGUGGAUAAAGGCAGUGCGAAGCCUGCGUCAUGCUUGCUCCAGGGUCAGCGAUGUGCUGCAGGGUCCCCCCAACGCACCCCCACUCGCUGCCGCGGCACCAGCUGAUCCCCAUGCACGGGGACUUGCUGCAGGGGGGGGACACACAUCUUGUCCCCAGAUUUGGGUGAGGCUUAAAGGGUUAAACCUGCCAGCUCUUGGUUACAGAUUGAAGCAGGGGAGGGUGUGUUGGGGGGAGCUGCUGACCCCCCAUUCGGCCACCCAGGGGCAAUGCCACCACCAGCUAUGCUUCUGCUCCCACGGAGGCAGAGCACCUGUCAUCUUUCACUGAGGGGUGCCUGGACCGGGGAAGUCAGCUGCGCAUCAUCGCUCUCCAUUGCGAUGUCUCAGCCAUCAGGAGACAGUUUUGCCCCAAGCUCAUUGGAGUAAUGCCUUCAUUAUCAAAACCGCUGCAAUUACACCCGGCAAGGAUCUGUCAGGUUUAUUAAUGCCAGGCUCAGCGCCAUGAUUCAUCCUGAAUAAAACACAAAAACAAGCAGACAGGUCGCUCCCUCCCUGUGCCCAUGGAGCUGAGCACUGCACUGCUUACCUGUGGGGAAGCAGAGGAAAAUAAAGCAAUCCUUCUUCUUCUUCCUUCAUCAGAUAUUCAGGUCUUUGCUCUCCUGGAGGUGUUUGUAGGGUCUGGAGCUGGGGUGAAGCCCCAAUGUUGGGAGCUGGUGGCAGUGGGAGCAUUAGGCAGGCUGUUGUGGUGGCUGGAUGUGGUGCCUGAUGUGGGAUGGGGAGGUUUUGAGGUCAUGGGCUUGGCUGCAGAGCCCUCACUGUGGGCUGGCUCCCUGCAGAAGCCCUUUGGAGCUUCUUCCAGGGUGGAAAGGGAAAUGGAUGGAAAAUAAAAGCUCUUUGGAAACAGCUGAAAUAUGUCUAUGGGAAAAUGGGGGGAUCAUGGUGGGUGCUGACCACGGCACCAAUCAGCACAGCAAGGGCUGCUGCCAACCUAGGACAAGGGGAUCCCAGACAAAAUGGGUGAGAUGGGAUUGGGUCCUCCUGUGUGCCCUGGCAGCAGCCCGGACCCACCCGCACCGCAGAGCCGGGCAAAGCCCCCCUGGCUGGCACAGCGGGGACCAAGGCAAUGUGGGGAGGGCAGGGGAUGGGUUAUGGGAGUCCAAGCAAGCCCCAAUCCACCUGGUUCCCCUUGACCCAGCUCAGGCAGCCCCUGGGUACACCACAGGAUGAAUUAAAUUGGUAUUAAUGAGCGUACCCUUCCCAAAAGCCAGCCAGGAGGGAUGCUCCAGCUGCAGCCACCUUAUCUCCCCGCUUCGCUCCUGCUCUCCGGGGACGGCAAGCAUCCCCUCUUUUGUCAAGGGCUUGCUUGGCAAGCGCUUCGCUUGACUGGGAGCGGGAAUGAAAGGAAACCAGGGGAGUGAGGAGGAGGAAGCAGGGAUCUGUUUUGUUUGGCAAUGACCUUGUUAUCUCCCUCAGCAGGCAGCUGCUCCUCCGGACCAGAGGCUUGUGCUUAUCUCCUCCCUGCCACAGAUUGAUUCACUUCACUUAUCUGCCACCAUGUAGUUGAAUAGUAAUCUCCAACUGUUAUAUUUUUAUGGUUAUUUUUUUGUGGGUUUGGGGCUGGGAAAGCUUUGGGCUCCAUCCCACCCAGCAAUCCCUCUUCCCAGACUCUUCCUCUUCAGUUCAGGUUCAACCUUCUGCCCCACACAUGAGCCAGAGCACCAGGUAUGGGCUCCUACCCCAAAUGUACUUAAAAAUCAUGCUAAUAAAUAAAACUUUCCAUAAACACUCCAAUCAGAGCCUAAAGACUGU